UACACCCCUGUUUAAACGCUUGCAGUCUCGCACUAAAUACGACACAUUGCGCGGAUCAUUUCUUAAAAAUGGAUACCGGUGCUCAUGCCACAUCUUUCCAUGUCUGGCAAUAUAGACAACAUUUCAUUUUCAAGGAAUUAAGAGAGAAAAAUAUGACCGUCCAGUGUGUUCUAUGCAAACCCAAAAUCCGCAUAUUGUCUACCUCCAAGAACUCGACAUCAAAUCUGAAGAAACAUUUAGAGAGAAAGCAUGCAAUCAUGUAUCUGAAGUCGGCUAAAGGUGAGAUGGAUGGACCCAAUGGAUCACCCACAGAGUCUCCUAAGGGGCCACGCUACAAGAAAUCCAAGUUGGAAAACCUUGUCAAUCAAAUGACGUCACAGCCAAAAGUGAACACCCUGGUCUUCAACUUUAUGGUGGAAAAUGUCCAGUCGCUGUCUGUCUUGGAGCAGCCUGCUUUCAGGAAGUUGAUUGAGGGCUUAAGUGGAGGGAAGAUGUCCAUGACCCGAAAUACUUUUAUCAAUGGAAUUAUGAUGGCAUACUCCAAAAUGAAGGAGGAACUAAAGGAAAAGCUGGACAGUGUACAAUCUGUGUGCACUACAGCUGAUAUCUGGUCAGCUCACAACAGAAGCUACAUUGGGAUGACAUGUCAUUGGAUUGAGAAGAAUGAGCUGGAGAGGAAGUCUGCUGCACUUGCCUGUGCCAGAAUACGGGGCUCGCACACAUUUGAAACAAUUGCAGCCAAAAUACACGAGAUUCAUUUGGCUUACAAUAUUGAAAACAAACUUCAGGCUACAGUCACUGAUAGUGGCAGCAACUUUGUCAAAGUCUUCAAAGAGUUUUCAAAGGGGGACAAUGAAAACUAUGACAUUGUUGAAUUUCAGGACGUGGGCACCAUACUUGACGGAGCAGAUGAGGCCAUGCACCUCUUUCUGCUGCCGCACCAGAGAUGUGCAUCGCACGCAAUGAAUCUGAUUGCCUCCCACGAUCUAGUGCAAGUUCUAUCACGGGGAGAAACUGCCCAAGUGUACUGCAGCGCAAUGGCCAAAUGUUUUGCCAUAUGGAACAGCGUCCACCAAUCCCCAUUGGCUAUAGCAGCAGUGGAAGACAUAGAGAAAAUGAAAUUGACUGCUCCUUGUGUGAGUCGCUGGAUUUCUGAAUACUCUGCAGUGGAAAAGAUGGUCUCUCUCCCUGAAACAAAACUAAUGGAUGUUUGCGACAGCUUUGGGGUCCCAAGACUGCUAUCUUAUGAGAUAGCAUUUUUAAAAGAAUACAUAAAUGUCUUCAAGCCACUUGCUUUUGCACUGGAACUCUUCCAAGGAGAGCAAUGUUUUCUUGGACUGGUCAUACCUACGGUACUCACAUUGAAGAAAAAGCUAUGUGAGAAGAAAACUCUUGCGCUCUAUCUCUUGGACGUCAUCAACCCUGUUCUAGACGCAAUAGAUUCCCGUUUCAAACAGCUCUUUGCCAGUCUGGAUGCAAAAAUGGCGACAGCAACUACACCACAAUUCCGUUUGUGGUGGCUACCAGAAGCUGAGAGAGAAGACAUGCAUUUGAUGCUGGUGGCUGAGGCAACCCGAUUGGAGCCGACUGGUGGUGCGCCAAUCAGCAGCGACAACGUGCAGUCAGAAGACGAAUUCUUUAGUUUCGGACCUGGGACUGGCAACAGUGACACAGAAGAGGAAGUCCGGAGGUACCUCGAGGGAACUAGCAAAAGUCUCAGUUGCCUGAAAUACUUCCAGAGAGUGAGAAAGCUGUUCCUCAAAUUCAAUGCCAUCCUACCCUCAAGUGUUCUUGUGGAGCGCCUCUUCAGUCAUAACGGGAACAUUCUCACCCCUAAAAGGAAUGGUUUGACUGAUGAUCAGUUUGAGCAAGUUCUCCUUUUGCGGUACAACAGCAAAAUAUACACUCUGGACAAAAUAUUCCCUGAGUAAAAAUGUAAAGGGAUUUUUUUCACAGAUCAUGUAUCAGGCAAAGGAGGAUUGGUGGGGGGAGCUAUAGGAGGACGGGCUCAUUGUAAUGGCUUGAAUGGAUUUAAUGGAACUGUAUCAAACAUGCACAAACGACGUUUGACUCCGGCUCCAUCUAUUUAAAUCCAGCCAUUACAAUGAGCCUGUCCUCUUAUAGCUCCUCCCACCAGCCUCCACUGGUAUCGGGGGUGUAUUCUUUGUGUUUGUUAAGCUCACAUUGAACAUGUUGUUUAAAAGUCAUCAAAGUCUGUGUGUGCAGAGGUUAAAACAGAUAUUUAUGUUAGUCGGCGUGACUAAAUUUAAGCAAUAAGGCCUGGGGGGGUGCGGUUUAUGGCCAAUAUACCACAGCUAAGGGCUGUUCUUA